AUGGUCUUCGGCAUCCUCACCGCUGUAGCGGCCUGCUCAGCUAUCAUUGGUACAACCGAAGCAAUAAAACAAGGCCAACGAAACAAUACCCGCGAAGAACAUCGAGGCCGGAAAUCAAAUCUUACAAUCACCUUGCCCGUCAGAAAUGCCUACAGUGCACAAUUCGACGGUGCUUUGGUGGUGCUCAAGAAUAAUAAAUUAUGCAUCGAUACCGAGCACAGUAGACUUGGAGCACAUAGAUUUCACCCUUUCUCUGGCUAUUAUCUACCAGUGCCUUGGAUAGGGAUUGCUUGGAAAAAGGCUGGAUUUAGACAUGGAGAGGGAAUGGUCACCACGAUCAGCGAUGAUCCACCGUUUCUGAACUGGGUGUAUCUGGACAGGGAUACUUAUGAGGUCAAGUAUGGUAUUCGUGUUGAAGCCGAACCUCAUCUUGUAGGGCCUUGGGAUUGUACACCUAUUGACAGACGAUUGAUCUUCAAUGGAUGGGAGGGCUUUGUCAUCGUACAGGAAGAUGAGGAGAGUGAUCUUUGGGCACUCUACUUUGAUCGCGAUGACGAUGGAUUGAGGGGAGAAGAGAAAAUGGGCACGCAAGGGAAAAGGAUGCUUCUGGUUGAGGCUUCAAGAAAGGAAAUGAGGAAGACGAAGAUGACGUCUGAUGAAGAACGAGUCUCACGCAUCCGAGCGCAGGCAGAGAAGGAGAAGAAGUAA